GAGGGGUGUAUUUUAUCUCAAUGUGAUUGCAGUUAUAACCCAGGAAGGCGGCUUGAAUGAUCGGAUUGUGCUAACUUCCUUUUUCAGCUGAAAAAAAUUAUUCAAGCAGCCAUAUUUUUACUACAACGGGAUGAUUCUGUUUAACCAGCAACGUUUUCUUUGAAAUGUUGAGAAGCUAUCUAUAAAACACAUUCCUGACAAACAAUGGGCUUCACGGACAUCAGGAGACAACGGAGAGCUGCGUGCCUCUGUUUUUGUCUGGCGCUGCUGAUUGUGACAGAAUUUGAAGAAAUUUCGGCUCAAAUUCGAUAUUCCAUCCAAGAAGAACUUAAACCGGGCAGCACGGUCGGGAAUGUGGCCAAAGAUCUUGGUUUAGAUGUCGGGAGGCUGGCGGAUAGAAAUCUGCGUGUGGUGUCAGGAACAAAGCAGGAGCUGUUUAAGGUAAAUCAGAGAAAUGGCGUUUUAUCAGUGAACCAGAGAGUCGACAGAGAGGAGCUGUGCGCAAAAGCUGUUCCAUGCGUCACAAACCUGAAAGCUGUUGUUGAAAAUCCUCUAGAAAUGCACCAAGUAAUGGUGGACAUUCUGGAUGUGAACGACAACUCUCCACAAUUUCCUGAAGAAAACUACACACUAGAGGUGCUGGAGUCCGCCAUUGUUGGAUCGCGAUUUCAGAUUGAAGGAGCGCACGACUUGGAUGUCGGAUUAAAUUCCAUACAUUCUUACAGAUUAAAUCACAACCAAUAUUUUCGACUGGAAACGGAGGAUUUUGGGGAGGAAGGGAAAAUUCCAUUUUUAGUGUUGCAAAAACCUUUGGAUCGAGAAGAAAUGGAUCGACACUGGCUUUCAUUAACAGCGGCAGAUGGAGGGAAACCAUCAAAAUCAGGAAACCUAAAUAUUACCGUUAUUGUAUCUGAUAUAAAUGAUAAUCCUCCUGUGUGUGGUACACAGAAAUACACCAUAACAAUAAAGGAAAACGCGCCCGUUGGAACGUUGUUAUUAACAGUAAACGCAUCAGACCCAGAUGAGGGGAUAAACGGUGACACUGAAUAUUCGCUAAGGAGUAAAAAUCGAGGAGUCUCGUCUGAGCCGUUCGAUCUGGAUAGUAGAACCGGGAAACUGGCGGUGAAGGAACCACUGGAUUACGAAGCAAAACAGGUGUAUGAGAUAAAGGUUCUGGCUGCAGACAAAGGGUCAGUUCCUCUCUCAGCACUGUGCAGUGUGACUGUAAGAGUGGAAGACGUGAAUGAUAACCAACCGGAAAUAGAAAUUACGUCAUUUUCAAGUCAUAUUCCGGAAGAUGCUCCACCUGGAACGGUGGUAGCGCUCAUGGGAGUGACGGAUAUCGACUCUGGUGUGAAUGGACAGGUGGUUUGCAGCGUUCCUGCUGACCUACCUUUUGAUUUAAAGCCGUCGCCUGACGGACAGUCUUAUUCCUUAGUAACAAGGAAUCACUUGGAUAAGGAAAUAACACCCAUGUAUAACAUAGCCAUAACAGCAACGGAUUUAGGGAGCCCCGCCCUGUCAUCAGUAAAGGUGAUACAGGUGGAGGUACUGGAUGUCAACGAUAACAGCCCCUUGUUCACUCAGAGUCCGUACUCGUUUUAUAUAUAUGAAAAUAAUAAAGCCGGGAGGUCGAUAUUUUCAGUAAGAGCCACUGAUGCUGAUGGAGGAGAAAACUCUGUAGUCUCAUAUUCUCUUGACCGCAAGAGUCCAGGACCAACUGCGUUUUUAAACAUAAACGAGGCCAACGGUUCAAUUGCUGCACUGAAAAGUUUCGACUUUGAAACUGUGAAAUCGUUCCAGUUCCAAGUUGUGGCCUCAGACUCUGGAAGUCCGUCCCUGAGCAGCAACGUGACAGUGAACGUGUUCAUUCUGGAUCAGAAUGACAACGCUCCAGUCAUCCUGUAUCCAGUCAGCUCCAACGGUUCUGCUGAAGGUGUGGAGGAGGUUCCCCGCAACGUGAACACAGGACACUUGGUGACUAAAGUCAGAGCCUAUGAUGCUGAUAUAGGAUAUAAUGGCUGGCUGCUGUUCUCGCUGCAGGAAGUGACUGACCGCAGUCUGUUUGGUUUGGACCGCUACACAGGACAGAUCAGAACACUUCGCUCAUUCACAGAGACAGACGAGGCUGAGCAUAAACUGCUCAUCCUGGUCAAAGACAAUGGCAACGUGUCACUGUCAGCAACAGCUACUGUCAUUGUCAAAGUGGUGGAGCCCAAAGAGGCUUUUGCAGCUUCUGAUGUGAAGAGUUCAGCCAAAGAUGAUGAGGAGACUGAUGUGACUUUUUACCUGAUGAUCACUUUGGGCUCAGUGUCGGUUCUGUUCCUCAUCAGCAUCAUCGUGCUGAUUGCAAUGCAGUGCUCCAAGUCCACAGAAUAUACUUCGAAAUAUCUCCAAGAGGCUAAUUAUGAUGGGACACUGUGUCACAGCAUCCAGUACAGAUCUGGAGACAAACGCUACAUGUUAGUAGGACCCAGGAUGAGUGUAGGAUCUACUAUAGUACCUGGAAGUCAUGCAAACACUCUGGUGCUGCCUGACAGGAGGAACACUUCUGAUGAGGUAAGACUUAUUUCUGGCUUUACCAAGAUUCAGUAUCCAAGUGCGCUGUCCAUGGUGCUGACGGCUUUCUGUCACAUCAGCGUAGAUGGUGGCGUUGUGGUUCUGGCCCAGCCUUUGAAAAUGAUUUCUAUGCGGUUCGGUGUGGAGACCGAGCGUUCAGACAAAGAUAUGAGUCAGUGUAACGAGCGAGUGGAUGCAAGAGGGACACUGGAUCCAUUUUAA